CCGUCAGCAAAGCAGCAGCGGUGUUGUUUUUAUUUGGGCAUAGUGGACGGCUUCGCCGAAUCAGAGACUUAUUUACAUUUAUCGAAUGAAUUUACGUAACAGAAAAAUUGGUGAACAAAUUUCUAUUUCACCUCAAAUAUGUGAGAAGUGGGAGCCAACGUUUGAAUGGUUUUAAUCUAGUGGAAAAGCUCCAAGAGCUAAAGGCCCUUUGAGGUUAUCUGUAUUAGAAACUGCUGGGGCGUUGCUAACCUCUCCCAUGACUCAAAAUGUAGUGUGUAAUUUUCUCAAUCUUCAGUUUGGGCUGUCGACCGUAGCGGUUUGUCUUUCUUAUAAGUGAAGGGCAAGAUGGCAAGCCCUUCACCGCAAUCCUCUCCCAUGCCCCCGCCACAGACUCCAUCUCCGAUGGGGCCACCACAACAGUCGCCAUCCCCUAUGCCAUCACCUUCUGGGAUGGUUCCACCAUCACAUUCUCCUUCACCAAUGGGGCCUCCAUCUCACCACCACCCACACAGCCCAGGCCCCACAGGCUAUCCACCUCACCCAGGGCACCCAGGGCACCCUGGACAGCAUGCAGGGCCUGGCCACCCUGGGGCGCCUGGUCACCCGGGACAGCACCAAGGGCCUCCUUCGCAUCAUGUCCAUCAUGGACAUCCUUCGCAAGGACCCCCUGGGCACCCUGGCCACCCUGGCCACCCAAGCCAUCAAGGACAUCCUGGACACCCUGGCCACCAUAAUCAACAUUCAGGGCCAAGUCACCCCAGCCAAAGUCAUCCUUCUCAGGCAGGACAUCCCGGCCCGGGCCACCCUGGCCACCCUGGCCAACCACAUCCAGGACAGGGACACCCCAGUCAAGGACACCCCAGUCAAGGACACCCCAGUCAAGGCCAUCCUGGUCCAGGACAUCCUGGACAAGGACAUCCGGGGCAAGGACACCCCGGACAAGGACACCCCGGACAAGGACACCCUGGACAAGGACACCCAGGACAAGGACAUCCGGGGCAAGGCCAUCCAGGUCAAGGACAUCCAGGGCAAGGACAUCCAGGACCUGGACACCCCAGUCAGGGGCAUCCCGGCAGCCACUCUGCACCGACUCACGGCGGCCACCCUGGGCCAGGACAUCCUGGUUCCGGCCAUCCCGGGCCUGGGCAUCCAUCAUCUGGCCAUCCCGCUUCCGGACAUCCUGGAUCUGGACACCCAGGAGCUGGCCACCCCUCACCGGGCCACCCUGGCUCAGGGCACCCAGGCUCUGGGCAUCCUGGACCCGGACACCCUGGAGCAUCGCAUCCUGGAUCAAGUCAUCCUGGCUCAGGCCACCCUGGUGCUGGCCACCCGGGUUCAGGACAUCCAGGAGGCCCCGGCCAUCCGUCGUCAGGACAUCCAGGCGGACCUGGACACAAUCCUCCCGGACACCCUGGAUCAGGACAUCCCGGAUCUGGCGGCCACCCUCUUCAUCCUGGUCAGGGACAUCCUGGGCAAGCUCACCCAAGCCAGGGUCAUCCUGGACAGAGUCCUUCCCACCCUAGCCACCCAAGUCACAUGGGGCAGGGGCACCCAGGGCAGCACCCCGGCCAGCAUCCUGGUCAGCACCCUGGCCAACAUCCUGGCCAACACCCCGGCCAACAUCCUGGCCAACACCCAGGCCAACACCCUGGCCAGCAUCCUGGUCAACACCCAGGACAUCCUAUUAGCCAUCAGAGUCACCCUGGCUCUGGCCAUCAACCCCCAUCCCACCCAGCCCCAAGCCAUACUCCUUCAGGUCACCCUCCAUCUUCACCACACAGUGCUGGCCCUCCGGGACCUCAUACACCUGGCCACUCGGCACCUCCACCUCAUUCGGCUCAAAGUCCUGGACAGCCCUCAGGCCACCCUGGGCACGGCCCACCUCCAGGAAUGCACAUGAAUGGGCCUUCGGGCAACAUUGGACUCGGCCAAGGAUUCCAGCAUGGCAUGGCGAAUCCGGGUCCUCCCCAGGGCUGUGGCCAGGAAAACCUGACUGCCCUGCAGCGGAGCGUGGACUCCAUGGAAGACAAGGGUAUGGCGGAAGACCCUCGAUAUUCUCAGAUGAUGAUGCGCGGGCGUCCCCCCAUGCAGGGCUUCGGUGGCUCUCAACAGAGUGAGAUGCCUCAAAAGUACCAGUUCACACCGACACAAAUGAACAUGCUGCGGUUCCAAAUCAUAUCAUACCGUAGCAUGGCAAGGAACCUGCUUCCCCCGCAUGCUCGACUGGGUGCAAGCGGCAAGCCAAUCGAAGGAGCACCCCCUUCAACUCAGAGCCCAACUCCACCAAGCUUCCAACAACCUCCAAGUGGCCCAGGUGCUUCUCCGGGACCGGGCAGCGGACCCGGAUCUUCUGGCCCGCCAGGGGGACCGCCCCCAUCUGGAGCAGCACAAGUCCCUCCUCAGUCGGGACCUUCACCUCACCAGGGCCCUCCGACUCCAGGACCCCAACAGCCUCCACCAGGCCCAGCAGGGCCUGGACCACUUACUCCUGCAACGAGCCAGCCCCCAUCCACUCCAAGCACUCCAGGAGCACCAGGUUCGCCGACACCAGCUGGUGCCGUUCCACCGCCUGCUCCUAGCACGCCUGGAGCGCCGUCUGGACCUCCGUCUGGGCCUCCGACGCCAGGCCCGGCAAUGCCACCACACGGCGCGCCGUCUCCGCGACCCCAAGGAAUGCCCCCUGGAGGACCUCCAACACCCGGGCCCGCUGGCACGCCUCCGCCGCAAGGACCACCGCCCGGCCACCCAGGACCUCCAAGCGGCCCACCCUCAGGCCCACCAUCUGGCCCUCCAUCAGGCCCUCCAAGCGGGCCGCCCACCCCGGGCCCACCAACGGGGCCCCCAAGUGGCCCUCCGACCGGUAUGCAUGGCCUUCCCCAUGGGAGUCCUCACAGUGGACCUCAUGGCGGGCCUCAUGGCCCACCUCAUGGCCCACCACAUGGUCAACCCCACGGCCCGCCACACGGACCGCCGCACGGACCACCUCACGGCCCACCUCACGCAGGUCCUCAUGGAGGACCGCACGGUGGCCCACACAGUGGUCCUCAUGGUCCACCCCACGGUCCACCCCACGGUCCUCCUCAUGGCGGCUCGCCUCAUGGACCGCCCCACGGUCCUCCUCAUGGCGCUCCUCCGCACGGCGUACCUCCACAUGGUGCACCUCCUCAUGGCGCUCCUCCACACGGCGCUCCUCCACAUGGCAUUCCUCCACAUGGUGGACCUCCCCAUGGUGGGCCUCCCCAUGGCGGACCUCCCCAUGGCGGACCAUCUCACGGCGUUCCUCCUCAUGGCGGGCCUCCCCAUGGAGGGCCGCCUCAUGGUGCUCCCCACGGUCCUUCGCAUGGUGGGCCACCUACUGGUCCCCCGGGGCCACCCACCGCAGCUCCGGGAUCUGCCCCUCCAUCUCAAGGCCCUGCAGGACAGGGACAACCUGGCGGCGCUGCAACACCUCCCUUGUCGGGCCCACCCGGCCCUCCAGGGCCUCAAGGUCCUCCGCAAGGACCGCCUGGACCUCACGGACCGGCCGGUGGACCACCCACGCCUGGCUCUCAAGGCCCAGCGGGUCCACCAGGCCCUCAUGGAAUGCCCUCAGGGCCACAACAAGGUCCGCCAGGCCCUCCUGGUCCUCCGGGACCGCCAGGGAUGCAACAGCGUCCCGGUCCUACUCCACCACCUGGAGGCCCUCCUCACCAGGUGAGGUCCUACACCAAUGGUCAGAUGAUGCCUCAGGGUCCACAGCCAGGUGGUCCUCCGUCUGCACAAGGCCCUCACGGUCCUCACGGCCCCCAUGGCCCCAUGCAUCCAGGUGGCCCCAUGGGCUACCCGCCACAUCCCGGCGCCAUGGGCCAACACCCGGGCGGUCCUAUGGGACCGCACCCAGGCCAGCACGGUGGGCCUAUGGGACCUCAUCCUGGUGGUCCAAUGGGUCCGCAUCCAGGCCAUCCAGGGCAUCCUGGACACCCUGGACAUCCUGGACAUCCUGGUGCCAUGGUUGGAAUGGGACAACAUGGCCCCAUGCAGCAUCCUGGCGGCCCGAUGCACCCGGGCAUGUCUCCGAUGGGACCCAUGGGUCCGAUGGGCCCAAUGGGUCCAAUGGGCAUGCAGAGCAGAGCCAUGCACCAGGGCCCGAUCGGUCCAGGCAUGCCUCCUCACCCCCAAAUGCAUCAAGGCGGUCUGCCCCCAGGAGCGCACCAAAUCCAGCAACAGGUGCUGAGCACCACUUCCAGCAUCAUGGGAAAGAAUGCCCGCACUACGACCAUGCCCAAACCCAGUGGAAUAGAUCCGCUCGCAACAUUGGAUGAGCGUGAAAGGAAGGUGGCAGAAAAUAUUCAAUCCAGAAUUGAAAUUCUAAGCAAUCUGCCCCCUAAUCUUUCUGAAGAGGAUAAACUGCAGGCUCAGAUUGAGUUGAGAGCUUUGCGUGUUCUCAACCUGCAGCGUCAGCUGAGAAGUGAUAUUGUUGCACACACCCGUGCAAUGACAACUCUUGAAACAGCUCAUAAUAUCAAACUUUACAAGCGAACGAAACGCCAAGGAUUGCGUGAAGCACGUGCUACUGAAAAAUUGGAGAAGCAACUCAAGAUCGAAGCUGAGAGGAAGCGCAGACAGAGGCAUAAGGAAUACCUUGACACAGUCUUGCAACACAGCAAGGACCUUAAAGAAUUCCAUCGCAACAACCUUGGUCGUAUUGGCCGUCUGAACAAAGCUAUUAUGAAUUACCACGCCAAUGCCGAAAGGGAACAAAAGAAGGAGCAAGAAAGAAUUGAAAAAGAGCGUAUGCGCCGUCUUAUGGCUGAAGAUGAAGAAGGUUACAGAAAGCUUAUCGAUCAAAAGAAAGACAAGCGUUUGGCAUUCUUGCUUUCUCAAACUGAUGAGUACAUUGGAAAUUUGACUGAAAUGGUGAAGCAGCAUAAAUUAGAGCAGAAGCUCAAGCAGCGAGACAGUCAAAAGAAACGCAGACGGAGGAAGAAGAAGCCAGUGGAAGGUGAAGGUGGUCAAGAGGGGCAAGAAGGCAAUGAAGAGGAGGAAGAUGAGGAAGACUACCGCGUAACCGUCAGAGAGGUAGCCACUGGUAAAGAGAUUUCUGGUGACGAUGCCCCAAUGGCCAGUGAAGUAGAUGCGUGGUUAGAAAAGAAUCCAGGAUGGGAGUGUGUUGAAGAGUACACUGAUGAUGAGGAAGAAGAAACAGAGGGAGGCGAGAAGAAAGAAAAAGAGGGUGAAGAAGGUGAGAAAGGAGCUCUUCAGAAGAACACCAAGGUGGAAGAUGAUGAAUAUGGAAAGAAAGGAGAAGAGCACACAUAUUACAGCAUUGCCCAUACUAUUCAUGAGCAUGUCACAGAGCAAGCUGAUAUUCUUAUCAAUGGUAAACUCAAAGAGUACCAGGUCAAGGGUCUGGAAUGGCUGGUGUCCUUGUUCAAUAAUAAUCUGAAUGGUAUCUUGGCAGAUGAGAUGGGUUUGGGUAAGACCAUUCAGACAAUUGCCCUUAUUACUUAUCUGAUGGAGAAAAAGAAAGUAAAUGGACCUUUCUUAAUCAUUGUCCCACUUUCUACUUUGUCCAAUUGGGUUUUGGAGUUUGAAAAAUGGGCUCCCUCUGUCAUUUGCCUAGCUUAUAAGGGUUCUCCACAAGCCCGGCGAUCAUUACAAGCUCAGAUGAGAAAUAGCAAAUUUAAUGUGCUUAUGACAACCUAUGAAUAUGUUAUCAAGGACAAAGCAACUCUAGCUAAAAUUCAUUGGAAGUACAUGAUCAUCGAUGAAGGCCAUCGUAUGAAGAACCACCACUGUAAACUGACUCAGGUUUUGAAUACUCAUUACAUUGCACCUCAUCGCCUGCUUUUGACAGGAACCCCUUUGCAAAACAAAUUGCCAGAAUUGUGGGCUUUGUUGAAUUUCCUCCUGCCAUCAAUCUUCAAAUCUGUCAGUACAUUCGAGCAGUGGUUCAAUGCACCAUUUGCAACAACUGGUGAGAAGGUAGAAUUGAAUGAAGAAGAAACAAUCCUUAUUAUUCGCCGUCUUCACAAAGUUUUGAGACCUUUCUUAUUGCGUCGUCUCAAGAAGGAAGUAGAGUCUCAAUUGCCUGAUAAGGUAGAAUACAUCAUUAAGUGUGACAUGUCUGGUCUUCAACGUGUGCUCUACAGACACAUGCAGAGCAAGGGAGUGCUCCUCACUGACGGUACUGAACGUGGAAAGCAAGGAAAGGGUGGUGCUAAGGCUUUAAUGAACACGAUUGUGCAGUUACGUAAGUUAUGUAAUCAUCCAUUCAUGUUCCAACAAAUUGAGGAGAAAUACAGUGAGCACACAGGCACAGCUGUCACAGGCCCAGAACUCUAUAGAACUUCAGGCAAAUUUGAGCUUCUGGAUCGUAUUCUUCCCAAAUUGAAGGCCACAAACCACAGAGUGCUUCUUUUCUGUCAAAUGACACAACUCAUGACAAUCAUGGAAGAUUACCUUACCUGGAGAAAUUUCAGUUACCUUCGACUUGAUGGUACAACUAAAGCAGAGGAUCGUGGUGAUCUCCUUAAGAAAUUUAACAGCCCUACAUCAGAAUACUUCCUUUUCUUGCUGAGUACUCGUGCUGGUGGUCUUGGUUUGAAUUUACAAGCUGCAGACACAGUUGUUAUAUUCGAUUCUGAUUGGAACCCUCAUCAAGAUUUGCAAGCCCAGGAUCGAGCUCAUCGUAUUGGUCAGCAGAAUGAAGUGAGGGUUUUGAGACUCAUGACUGUCAACUCUGUAGAGGAGAGAAUUUUAGCUGCUGCUCGAUACAAGCUGAAUAUGGAUGAGAAAGUUAUUCAAGCUGGUAUGUUUGACCAAAAAUCAACUGGUUCUGAAAGACAGCAGUUCCUGCAAACCAUUCUGCACCAGGAUGAUGCUGAUGAUGAGGAAGAGAAUGAGGUUCCGGAUGAUGAAGUGGUCAACCAAAUGUUGGCUCGCUCAGAGAGUGAGUUUGAAGCCUUCCAGAAGAUGGACUUGGAUAGACGUCGUGAGGAUGCAGCCAAGGGUUCGGGCCGCAAGUCACGACUUGUGGAUGAAAGUGAACUCCCUGAGUGGCUCCUAAAGGGAGAGGAAGAGCUGGAACGCCUGGCCUAUGAGGAAGAGGAAGCAGAGCAGUGUCUAGGUCGUGGCACUAGGCAGAGGAAAGAGGUUGAUUACACUGAUAGUCUUACUGAAAGAGAAUGGUUUAAGGCAAUGGAUGAUCUUGGUGACUUCGACGAUGAGGAGGAAGAAGAGGAAGAAGAUAGGCGCCCAGCUUCCAAAAAGGGCCGUAAGAAGAGAAAGAAAGAUGAUGAUGAUGAAGACGAGCCCUUGUCCAUCAAGAAGAGGAGAGGUGCUGCUGAGAAAAGCACACUUGACCCAAAAGUGAAGAAACAGAUGAAGAAAAUCAUGACAAUUGUUGUGAAGUACACUGAUAGUGAGGAAGGAAGAGUUCUUAGUGAACCAUUCAUGAAGCUUCCUUCCCGUAAGGCUCUUCCUGAUUACUAUGAAGUCAUCAAAAAGCCUAUGGAUAUUAACAGAAUUUUGACCCGUAUUAGUGAAUCUAAAUACUUUGAAAUGGACGAUCUUGAAAAAGACUUUAUGCAACUCUGUAAAAACGCUCAGUUGUACAACAAAGAGCAAUCUCUCAUACAUGAAGACUCAAUUGUACUUCAGUCAGUCUUCACUAAUGCUCGUCAACAAGUGCAGCAAGAUCAGGAGCAAGAAUCUGAUAAAGAUGAUGAGGAGUCUGAACAAGAAUCAAAGCCGAGGAGUAAGCGUGGUGGCCGACCUCCGAAGGUAGAGAAAGGGAGACGCAAACGUUCUAGGAAAUAUGUCAGUAGUGAUGAAGAGGAGGAAGAUGAUUGAGUGGCGUGAUGCUGAAAGAAUUGAGUAAUGCUGAAAACAAAGCAAAUCUUAAGUUAUGCUUGGAUGUUAUUGAUGAUUUUUGUAUAAGUGUUUAUGAACUCUGUACAUGGUGCUGUGUCGACUGAUGCCAGAAUAUGUGCAGCUGAAGUCUUAGUGACUUGAUCAUUGUUGGAUAUGUCUUCAAUGUAGAUUAUUUUGUACAUAUUUAUUGUCUUUUAUUCUGUAUUAUAUGAUCGUGCAACAGUAUUUUAUUGUAAAUAGCAAUAUUUGUCUGGGCAGGAGUAAUGGUGGUGGUUGGGUGUAAAACCUUUCCAUUUAUUAACUUCUUUUUAUUGGUGGACAAGGCUAAUGAAAUCAUGACCUCAGAAUGCAUUUCCAAAGAAGUUUCAUCCAAUGCAUAUUCAUUCUUGUCUCAUGCUUUGCUUGCCUUUAUGAUUAUCAAUGUUAGUGAAGCAUCUGGAUCUGCAUUAUAUUAUGAUAAUAUACCUGGUCUCACUAAAUUUUGUCAUUUCCAGUAUUCUGUAACUGUAGAUUAUGAAAUGAAUUUUUUUUUUCAUUUUGGUUCUACUUUAGGAGUAUAAAAAUGUUGGUUUAAAUGUACUGCUUUCAAGGGAAUGAAGUAAUACUUUUAGCUACUGUUCAUUUUACUGGAACUUGAUUGUCUUUGGUAUGCUUGUUUGUUAAGUCUACUUAUUUUUAUUAAUUGUUUUAAAAUUGUAAUGAUGAACAUUCUCUGAUUAGCCCCUUCUGUUUUCAGAACAGAGUUCGUUCUGACCUUUGAUCAUUUUUUUCCACCUAUUUUGGAUGAGUCUAUUGUGGUAGUAUAUUCAAUUUUACUAAGAUUACAUUGCACAUGGAUCUCACCUUAAAUUGUGUCCUGUUAGGUGAAAACCAUAGCAAAUGUCAUUAUGUUAAUGAUUUGAGGGAAAUGCAAUCUCAUUUCUUUGUAGAUCUCUGCUCCUAAGAUGCCAGGCAAAUUUUGUAAUGGAUUAGUGGCAUCAUAAUAAAGUUAAUUGACUUUGUCUA